GCGGAGUGAGGAGACACUUCGGGAGGAAGAAGGACACAAAGCCGUCCUUGUGUUGGACCGAGACCUUCAAAGAGAACAACAAGAAGCCACUUCCGAACAUUUGUCACUUUCCCAACAAACAAACAAACAAACAAAAGGGAAAACAAGGAGCCUCUCUUUACGCACUGGAUUAACGCUUUACGACGGAACCGGAGGAGCUUUCUUUCUUUUUAGUGCUUGUUGUGUGACUUUUUACUUUUGUUGAUCUCUUCAGGUUUUGGGAUUUAUCUCCUUCUGUCGGGACAUGACAGAGAGCUGACAGCGGCAACAGUUUAACCAACAAAAAAAAAGACUACCCCAGAAACAGAGAAACGUGCUCGAUGCAUCCUCCCCAGAGGGACUGAAGAGGAGGACCCCCCCCCCGAGACUUUCUACUCUAUUUAUUUACUAUUUAUUAUGUAUUUAUUUAAUAUGGGGCGCGCCGUCCCGCUGAGCCUCGCCAUCAUGUCCAUGUUGCUGUGCCAGGGGUUUUGCUCGGGAGUUUUCGAGCUGAAGUUGCAGGAGUUCCUGAACAAGAAGGGGGUGCAGGGCAACAAGAACUGCUGCAAGGGGGGGCUGACCCCCUCCUUCCAGCAGCAGUGCGAGUGCAAAACCUUCUUCAGGAUCUGCCUGAAGCACUACCAGCCCAACGCCUCGCCGGAGCCCCCGUGCACCUACGGCGGCGCCGUGACGCCCGUGCUGGGCUCCAACUCGUUCCAGGUGCCUGACGUCAUCCCGGAGAGCGCGUUCACGAACCCCAUCCGGAUCAACUUCGGCUUCACGUGGCCGGGGACCUUCUCGCUGAUCAUCGAGGCAUUACACACCGACUCCAGAGACGACCUCUCCACAGAGAACCCGGACCGCGUCGUCAGCACCAUGGCGACCCAGAGGCACCUGACGGUGGGGGACGACUGGUCCCAGGACCUGCACACGGGCGGCGGGACGGAGCUCCGCUACGCGUACCGCUUCGUGUGCGAGGAGCACUACUACGGGGACGGCUGCUCGGUGUUCUGCCGGCCGAGGGACGACGCCUUCGGCCACUUCACCUGCGGGGAGCGCGGGGAGAUCGUGUGCGACGCCGGCUGGAAGGGGCAGUACUGCACGGAACCGAUCUGCCUGCCCGGCUGCGACGACGAACACGGCUUCUGUGAGAAACCCGGAGAGUGCAAGUGCAGAGUGGGAUUCAAAGGCCGCUACUGCGACGAGUGCAUCCGCUACCCGGGCUGCCUGCACGGGACCUGCCAGCAGCCCUGGCAGUGCAACUGUCAGGAGGGCUGGGGGGGGCUCUUCUGCAACCAAGACCUCAACUACUGCACUCACCACAAGCCCUGCAUGAACGGGGCCACGUGCAGCAACACCGGCCAGGGCAGCUACACCUGCACCUGCCGGCCGGGCUUCGCGGGGGCCAGCUGCGAGACGCGGGUCAACGAAUGCGCCGGGAACCCGUGUCGCAACGGGGGCAGCUGCGCCGAUCUGGAAAACACCUACACCUGCACUUGCCCGCACGGUUUCUACGGCAACAACUGCGAGCUGAGCGCCAUGACGUGCGCCGACGGGCCCUGCUCCAACGGCGGCCGCUGCGCCGACAACCCCGACGGGGGCUACUUCUGCCAGUGCCCCGGGGGCUACGCCGGCUUCACCUGCGAGAAGAAGAUCGACCACUGCACCUCGGGGCCCUGCUCCAACGGCGCCCACUGCGUGGACCUGGUCAACUCGUACCUGUGUCAGUGCCCGGACGGUUUCACCGGCAUGAACUGCGACCACACGGGGGACGAGUGCGCCGCCUACCCGUGCCAAAACGGCGGCACGUGCCAGGAGGGUCUGGACGGCUACGCCUGCAGCUGCCCGCCGGGCUACACCGGCCGCAACUGCAGCUCGCCCAUCAGCCGCUGCGAGCACAACCCGUGCCACAACGGCGCCACCUGCCACGAGAGGAACAGCCGCUACGUCUGCGCCUGCGUGCCGGGCUACGGCGGCAGGAACUGCCAGUUCCUGCUGCCGGAGCACGCCGCCAUCCGGGGGUCGGAGGUGCCCUGGAUGGCCGUGGGGUCCGGCGUGGCGCUGGUGCUGCUGCUGCUGGCGGGCUGCGCCGUGCUGGUGGGAUUUUUCCGCUCCAAAGUCCAGCGCGGCGGGCCGCCGGAGGCCCCCGGCGACGGGGAGACGAUAAACAACCUGACCAACAACUGCCAGCGCGGCGGCGACAGGGACCCGGCGGGCGGCGCGGCGCCGACGCCGGGCGUCAAGAACAUCAACAAGAAGAUGGACCUCUGCGGCGGCGAGGAGGGAUCCCCGCCGGGGGGGAGGAGGAGCUACAAGGCCCGCCCCCCGCCCGCGGACUACAACCUGGUGCACGAGGUCAACCUGGAGCAGGCGGCCAAGGAGGCCCUGCUGGAGGCGGCCUGCGAGGACAAGAGCGCGGCGCCGGACUCCUUCGAGUUCCAGGAGAAACGCAGCAAACGUUUAAAAUGCGAUGCAUCAGAAAAGAAAGCCCCAGAAAUGUCUGCAUGUGCGGAUACAAAGUACAAAUCUGUGUUUGUGAUGUCGGAGGAGAAGGACGAAUGUAUCAUUGCAACCGAGGUGUAACAAAGGUGUGCCCGUUUGCUCCGUUGCUCCAUGGGAGAGUUUUUAUACUCCUUCAGAUGCUGCUCUAGCCCUUUUUGGGGGGAGGCGUCCCGCCUCGAGACUGCUGCUGGUACCGAGACGUUUAACUGAUAUUCAGAGCGAGCUGGUUUCUCUUCUGGAAAGACGAGCGCAGGCGGCGGCGGCCUGCGGGGCGAGAACCGGCGGGUAAAACUAAAUGAAUGAAUGAAUGAAUGAAUGAGUGAGUGAGUGAGGUGUUUUACGGCUGGAAGUAAACUGCCACUUAGCUUUCCGUUCCGCCCUCUAGAGGGAAGUUAGAAAAGAUGAAAAAAAAAGAAGAAAAAAAAAGAAUAGAAAAAUAAGAGGACUCUGUCUCGCGGCGAACGCCUUUUUGUUGUUGCAACAUUUGCACCCGGGCCUUUCUUCUGUAACCUUCACGCCGCGGCUUCAAGCGGUGGAUGUUCGGCCAUACUGGCCUGUUCUCACGAGGCUGAUCACACGGGCUGUGUCACAUGACCCGUCACUACCCCCCCCCCCCGCCA